AUGCAGUCCCAGACCGAUCAGAAGGACAUCCCCAACAACUUCCCAGGUAUCCCACCCUUCCCAGACGACGUCACUACAGCACCCCUUCUUCGACUGUCGUCGAAUAGGCUGCUAGCAGGUGACCCUGUAGAGCAUAAAAGACUAUUCCAAGCAUCUACAGACAUAGGGUUCUUCUAUCUCGAUCUAUCAGACUCAGAGCAAGGCUCAUCACUCCUCAGCGAUGCAGAUGAUCUGUUCCAAGUCGGCGAGAGACUGUUUGAGCUGAGCCUCGAGGAGAAAAAACAGUAUGAUUUCAGUGGACAAAAUUCAUACUUUGGAUACAAAGGGCAGGGAGCUGCAGUGGUUGACAAGCAGGGGAAUCUAGACCGGAAUGAGUUCUAUAAUGUUUCCAAAGACGAUAUUAUGGGCAUCAGUGAUUCUCUACCAGCACCAGAGACCCUGCAUAAAAGCAGAACCCGACUGGGAUCAUUCAUACAAGGGUCACAUGCAAUCGUAACCCUAAUUCUUGACAUCCUGAACGAUCAACUCGCCCUACCAAAAGACACACUUUCCAAUCUUCACCGACAAGAAGCUGUAAGUGGUGACCAGGUGCGGUUCAUCAAAGCCCCACCACAGCCAGUAGACGACAGACGUACCGCGCUGGGCCAGCACACUGACUUUGGAAGCGUGACGGUUCUUUUCAACCGACUGGGGGGACUGCAAGUGCUACCGCCGGGUGCUGAUGCCGAAUGGGUCUAUGUCAGACCACUUCCUGGUCAUGCUAUUAUAAAUCUCGGGGAUGCAAUGGUCAAGUUUACGAAUGGGCUGAUUCGGUCGAACAUUCACCGGGUUGUAGCACCACCGGGGCUCCAGGCUGAGUCGACGCGGUAUAGUCUCGUGUACUUUGCACGACCCGAGGAUAGUGUGAUGUUGCGUCGGUUGGAGGGUUCUGAUCGGAUUCCUGUGAUGGAGGAUGGCCAGAGUGACGAGGAAAUCAAUAGCAAGGACUGGAUUAUUCGGCGGGCUUUGGGUCGUCGGGUGGAUUGUGUAAAGGACCUUGAUUUUGAGAAGUCUGCAGGGACAGAGCAACUAAGCCGGAGGAUCAAGGCUUAG